CAGCAGUUGUUCAGUCGCAGUUCGCAGAGUUGCGCGCUAUUUUCGCGGAUUUCCACUUGCAUUUUGGAAAACUAUAAAAAAUGUCCUCAAUACAGACGAUUUCCGGACGACCGUACCCUUCACUGUCAACGCCAUCAGCAAUGUCACACACGGUGACCAUAACGAGGACAACUGCUACCACAUCGGGUACGCCGCUCUUUGUCAACACUAGCUACAUUGGAACUUUACCUGGCUUACUUAAAUUGGCACAACUGCUACUUGGAGCGGCAUGCGUCGGUGUGGUUAGCUAUUACUUCGAGCCAAGAUACGUGAAAUACAAUGAUCAGAAACCAGAGUUAUUCUUCCUUCUAAUAUCAGUGGCAUUUUUAAUAGGAACAUUCUGUUUGCUUCUGUCGUGCGUGAUGUCAUUUUCAACAGCUACUAUGAUAUCCAAAACCUUGUAUGAAGUCGUGUAUCAUGGGAUUGCGUUCGUGCUCUACCUAGCGGCGGGUCUUACGCUUUUGAUAGAGGUGAAUCAUCGGAGAAGUGGCUAUAGGAAUGAUUUCGAACCCUACCUAGCUGCCGCUGUCAUGGGUCUCGUGAUGGCGAUCCUUUAUUUAUUCAGUACAUUUUUGGCGAACCGCACCUACAGAGGCUUAUAAUUUAUACGAAUAUGGAUAAUAUUGUUAAUUAAGAACUAAUUUAUUGUGUAUAAGGUUUUGAAUGGAAAUAGUUGAU